AUGAGCUCCAUACGGGGUCACAAGAUCAUUGUGGGCGUGGACUAUGGUACUACGUUCACCGGUAGGGAUAGUCUCCAGCUUCAAGUCAACCGCAGCACAGCAUUAGCUCACAAUAUGGUAGGGGUAAGCUUUGUGAACUCAUCACAAGGCGCGGAAAAUAUCCAUGUGAUUCGUACCUGGCCUGGCCCUGCGCGAGUACAAGACGAAACGUGGAAGACUCCCUCCCGGAUUGCCUACAAACGUGAAAAUCUUUCACUUGGUGAGCAGGAUGUGGCAUGGGGCUAUCAGGUGACUCCUAGAAUGAAGUCCUACACAUGGACAAAACUCCUUCUGGACAACCAGAAAAAGCAUAUCCUUAGCAUCGAGGAUCUUGAUAUCAUCCAGGGACAUGGCUUACUAGCAGUUCCAUCGUUCAAGCGCCAACCUCGUGAAGUAUGUGCAGAUUACCUAGCGGAAAUCUACACAUACAUUAUUUCGUAUCUCGAGAGGCGUCUGACACAUGAAAUCCUUGGUGAGACUUCCUUGGUAUUUUAUUUCACGAUUCCGGCAAUCUGGUCAGACAAGGCAAAGCAAGAUACCUGGGAUGCUGCGAGAGUCGCUGGAUUUGGAUCUCGACCCAAGGACGACAUCAACAUGAUCACGGAACCCGAGGCCGCCGCUUUGGCUACGUUUAGUUCAUUCUCAAAUAAUCUAGCUCAUGUUAUGAAGGCCGGGGAAAGUGUCCUUAUCUGUGACUGCGGUGGCGGUACAGUAGACAUUGUCACCUAUCUGAUUACCCAAGUCCAACCAGUCUUUAAGUUUGAAGAGGUUUUGAUUGGAACUGGAGGCAAAUGUGGCUCCAGCUACAUUGAUCGAAACUUCCAUCGGUGGAUGUCUGAAACAUUCGGUUCGGCAUUUGAUACUCUGCGAUUCGAAAAGAAGGGCCCCGGAAGUGUUUUCAUGAAAUCAUUCGAGGCUGAAAAGAGGGACUUCGGGGCCUCUCAGACACUAAACAAGACCUUUGAGAUUGAUCUCGUUAUGCAAGGCGUGUCCAGCUCGACCAACUAUAAUGCUGAAGACGGGCUUGUCACGGUCGUACUUGUGGGCGGCUUCGGAGAUUCUCCAUGGCUUUUCGGUAUCCUCAACAGAUGGUGCUUAAAAAGAUCAAUCACUCUUGUCUGCCCAGAAGACCCUCAAGCAAGUGUAGUGAAGGGGGCGGCUCUUCAAGGCUUAAACAACAUGCGUCCCCAAAAGCGUAAAGCGCGAGUUCACUACGGCUUCAGUCUGCGCAUGGAUUUUCGUGAAGGGAUAGAUCCUGAAAGCGAAUCUUACAUAUCUCCUUGGGACGGAGCAAAGCUCUGCAGUAAUCGGAUAAGUUGGGUCAUUGAAAAGGGGACAGCUAUAGGUCAAGGCGAUGAUUUGCCAUACCACUGGUUGGAGCGAGUGCACAAAGGAACCGAUGGCUCACUGGAGUCUUCAAUUCAACUUUAUACGUGCUAUGCUGACUCUGCUCCUGAUUGGUAUGAUAUCUUAACCUACCACAACAUCGGGGUGAUCAACUAUAAAUUUGAAGUAGCAGAUCUUCCAAAACUGCGAAGGAAGAGUACUGCUGACGGCGGGAGUAUGUGGCUUCUGGAAUUCAGAAUCACCAUUGAUUUGCUGGCGACAAAAGGGAUUCUCGAGUUCAAGGUUUUAGGCCUUGACAAUAAGAAGAUAGGAGAAGCCAGUAUUGAGUACAUCUGA